AAUCACCGUGUUCAUAUUUACCCUUUAGCGAGCUCCGCCCCCACGAUCCCCUUUUCAUCUAUUGAUUGUGCUCAUUCGACUAAAACCCUGUUUUCAGGCAAAGUCGGUGACUCGAUCUUCGGACAGCAGCAGUACAAAGAUUGCGGGGAAAGCUAAGCUAGGCGAAAAGGAUUUACUAUACACACAGAACCAUGGCGAGGGGGAUAUUUGUCGUAACGCUCUUUUUGGUGAUAUUUCACCUCGUUUUUGCUCAAGAAUGCCCUAGUGGAACGCCAGAUGGAUGUCAAUGUCAAAAUCGUAUUUUCAACUGCUCUGGAUUGAAUCUGAACACCAUUCCGGCAGUAUCCUUCCAGAACUUCGAUGUCUUUGAUUUUUCUUACAAUAGCCUCCAGGAAAUACCAUCAAACACAUUUACAAAUGUACCUUUGCAAAGAAUAAUUUUAAAGAACAAUUUAAUCACAAUGAUUCAUCCUGGGGCAUUUGAUAAUCUCAAUCAGUUGACAUCCAUAAACUUUGAGCAGAACAGUCUUUCCACCCUUGAUCAGACUGGUUUCAAUUUGGUGUCUGGUCUAACUGAGCUGUUGUUGAAUGGUAAUCCAUUUGAUUGUAGUAAUGCGGCGAAUGCUUGGUUAAAAGGUUGGUUGGCAUCGAGUAAUAGCCCUGUUCUCACUGGUGAAUGCUCGGGUACUUCUGAAACAAUAUUUGAAGCUAUAGAUGCAUUAGCAGAGCCGGCCUCUGCCUUGUUUUCGUUUGAAGAACUUGAAUACAGAGUAGCAGAGGAUGCUGGAGUUGCUGAAGUUGUGGUUACUAGAACUGGUAUAGUGGGGACAAUCGUGCAGUUCGAUGUGACUUUUACCGGUGAGACAGCAUUAGAAGGACAGGAUUUUGCCCCGACUGUGGGUAGCACACACACCAUGCUAGAGGGUCAAACCAGAGUUGGUAUUGAUAUCCUCCUCAUUGAUGACGAUAUAAUAGAGACUGAUGAAUCCUUCACGGUAUCCAUAACCAUCGAGUCACGUGGAGAAGCUAACAUGGGAACCGUCGUAGAUGGCACCACACGAGUUACCAUACAGGAUAAUGAUAGUCCAGUUCCCACCAUGAUGUCAACGACAACUUCAACAACCCGUAGUCCCACAGCAUCUACCCAGGCUGAAGAUGAAACUACUAACCCGGUGGUGAUGAUGACUACAGCCAGCCAAUCACCACAACCCAAUACCAACGCAGUCAAUGUAGCAGCCAUAGUAGUUCCCAUAAUACUGAUCAGCGUGAUUGUGGCAGUCAUAGCAGGGUAUCUCUGGUAUCGUCAGACCAGGACGAUCAAUAAAGCAACUACUGCUGGGGUACGUUAUGCUGCUGUGCAGAAUCGAGGCAAAGUAUACAGUGAUGUGACUGCCAAAGCAUGAUGUUUGACCAUGCAUGUUUCAUGCUGCCUUCUUUUCAAAGCUGCCAAUAAUUUAUGAUGCAAAAUGAUCUUUUUAAAAUGAAAAUACUACUACAAAACUUUAUAUAUUGUGUCCAAUAGUAUCGUCAUGGUGCGUUUUAUUUAUAUAUUACCAGUGGAUUCUUGUAACAAGAAUUUGUUCUCUUAUGGAAGUCUUGUUUGUAGGAGAUUGGUUUCAAUUAAGAAAGUGGUGUUCUCUAGCAUUAACUUGAUUACAAACAGAUCCUUUACGAGCAGUAAGUUGUUUGAAGUUUUAACAACACAUUUCUUAUCCCUAAAAGAAGUCGUUGAAAAGUGGUUUUCAAAAAAAAAAAAAUUGUAUCUACUUGUGUUGAUUGUGUAGCUGAUACAGUAAUAGUUUAAUUUUUAAACCCUUUUUUAACUUCAAUUACUUUUUUUUCAUAAGUCAAUAGGAGCCCCCCCCCCCCCCUCUGUAGAUAAAACAGUUUCUCAUUGAACGACUGAAUCCCACCAACCAACCAAUUAAGGAGACAGAAAUCCCACAUUCACUGAUAAAGUUGUGCCUCAACCAAAGAAGUGCUUAAAUAAGAAAAAUAUUGUUUUACUUUUUUUGGUAUAUCAUGUACCUGUAGUUAAUCCAAUAGGAAGAUAUUUAUGUGUAAUGUAGAUGUUGUUAUUAUGUUUCCAAAUGUUGGAUACGGAUGCUGUGUCUGAAAGUUUCUAAUUUAAAUUGAAUGAAAUUGAGAUCACUGAUGAAUCAUAGAUGCAGAGAAAUGCAUGUUUUAAUUGAAGCAUGGCAUGAAUAUUGUAUUUCGUAAUGUUCUUUAUUUUGGCAUGCUACACCAUAGUUUUGUAUGUAUCAUGAAAGACACCUUUUUUCACUAAGCGCUUUUACAGAUGUUCUCUGUGUUUCAUUGGUUUUCUCAGGAUAUUUAUAAUGCUGCACUGUAUAUUUUGUUCGUAAUAAAAUUAUGGCUGAUGAAAAAAAUAGAUAAAUAAUAACAAAAAGUUUUGCAGAAAAAUAAGUAAAAACACAAAAUGCAACAAACAAUUAUCAAAUUUGUGUGUAAAGAUAGUCAUCAAAAUCUGGAGGAAUAAUUAGUUCUAAAAAAAAUGUAAUGAGUAAUGAGUUGUUUGUUUGCUGAAAGAAAAUAGCAAUCAUGAUGUGUUUGUCAUUUUCGUGAAAUAGAACAUACAUGUGAAAUCUUGGGUGAAUAGUAAUAUGGUUUUACUAAUAAUACUGUAUUCCCAAAUUAUUUUACUUACAAUGUCUUUCGCAGAAAAGUUUAAAAUACUGUUUUUCCGCCCGAAAUAUGUAAGUCUCAACCCUCAGAAUAUUGCACUUGUGUUAAUUGGCAUACCUUUGAGUUAGCCAAGUUGUAGAUCAGCAGUUUGUAGUUAUUCAAUUUGGUCAUAAUCAUAGCCUCUUAAGAUGCUAGGUUUCAGAGGUAUAUUACACAUUAAGAAAAGCAAGAUUUCCACAUGUUUUGCUAAAAGAUUUCAUCCUUGACAAACUAUGGAUACUGUAUGUUAUGUACCAUUUUAUCUAGUGCUGCAAUUCUUUGAUCCUUUGUCAGUUUAUUCUAUUUGGCCAAACUUCAUGCUGGGAAACUGCUGACUAUAUACUACAUACCUUUUAUGAAUGCACAUAUUUAUUAGAUAGUCUACACAGUAAAAACGCUAUUCAAUAUUUAUACAAUGCUGUGUACCAAAUGAAUUUUAGAGUUGUUUAACUGUUUUAACAACUUAAACAAAUUCAUGAAAAUGAAAUAUUAAAAAUCAGCUUUGAUAUUAAACACUUGUUUAAACUGUUAAACAACAAGUGUAAAUUUCACAUGGUUUACAGCAUUGUAUAAAAGAUUUCAAACAGCAUGUGUACAUAUAUCAACUAUCAAUGAUGAUAAUGCUGAUAAUAAAAACAAGUGGAUUUAUAGAGCCCCUUUCCAGAAGAUUUAAGGUGCUAUUGAGGAUUUUGAGCAAUUUAAGAAUUAAUGUAUAUUUUCAAGUGUUUUUUUAAUAAGUCGAAAGUUUUAUUCUCUAUCUACUUAACAAUUUAUCAGUAAAAAAUGUUUUUUUAAAGUGUAUGCAUAUUAUAUAAAAGUAUGUUGGUUUUUAUUUUGUUAAAUAGAUUGAAAUAUAGGUAUGAUUUUGAAUACAAAUGACAAAUGAAUUAAACAUAAUUUAUUAAAUACAUGCAUUACAUGAAUAUGAUUUGAAAUAUACUAAUAUGCAUUAAAUUUUGUCUUUCAUGGUUUAUGUUCAGAAUCAACUAUCAAGAAUUUAAUAUGUGUUUAUAUUAUGUUAAUGUUAAUUUAUAGUACUUUACAUUUAUAUUAGGCUGGUAGUCAAGACAGCAUAAGAAGAGUUAUUAAGAUAAAUCUUUCACAUGUACCUAGGUAAUAAAGAAAUCGUUACCUGGGGGAUGUUUCAUAAAUCUGUUCGUAAGUUAAGAGCGACUUUAAGACCGACUGGUUAACCCUUCUUACGCGCUAAAUCAUCUCCAAUUCAAUAUACCCUUUACCCCAAGAAAGGAUCACCAGUCGUUCUUAAAGGUCAAGUCCACCCCAGGAAAAUGUUGAUUUGAAUAAAUAGAAUAAAAUCAAACUAGCAUAACGCUGAAAAUUUCAUCAAAAUCGGAUGUAAAAUAAGAAAGUUAUGACAUUUUACAGUUUCGCUCAUUUUUCAAAAAACAGUGAUAUGCACAACUCAGUGACAUGCCAAUGAGACAGUGGAUGAUGUCCCUCACUCACUAUUUCUUAUGUUUUUUAUUGUUUGAAUUAUACCAUAUUUCAUUUUUUACGAAUUUGACAAUAUGGACCAACUUGACUGAACCAUAUAGUAUUAAACAAUGCUAAUUCCAUAUGUUCAGGGAGGAAUUAUCGUUGUUUCAAUUGACAAUGAUGAGAAAAUUAGAAUAUUUCACAUUUCAUAUAAUAAAAUACAAAAGAAAUAGUGAGUGGAUGAUGUCAUCAGUCUCCUCAUUUGCAUACCGACCAGGAUGUGCAUGUAAAUGUUUUGUGAAAUUAAGCGAAACUUCAAAAUAUCAUAACUUUCUUAUUUUACAUCCAAUUUUGAUGAAAUUUUCAGUGUUCUGCUUGUUGGAUUUUUCUCUUUUUAGUCAAAUAAACUUUUUGUUGGGGUGGACUUGUCCUUUAAAGUCGCUCUUAACUUACGAACAGCUUUAUGAAACAAUGCACCCGAAGUGAUAAAUCUACUCCAAGUGAGGCUUUGAAUCUACUCCAGAGACUCAAUUCUGAAGUAACAUAUAUUAUGUACAUAUAUACAAGACAUAUAUAUUAGGUCAAAGUGUAUGGGGUAGGGCAUUAUAUACCUGUCCAAACAAGGUAUGUCAGUUGAAGGAUUCAAAUCAAAAGAUGGUCGGUAGGGGAGGGGUUACCAAAGAAACUGGUAAAUCUUUAAAAGUGAUGUGCAUGCUUGCUUGAUAUGGAAUAAUAUGGAGAAGUUUGUGCAUGGAGUCACCAAUGAAGGUCAUGCCGUAGUCACAUUCCAAUUGUAUCCUUGCAAAGUACUAUGGUAACCUGAAUUGGGGGAAUACAAUUAUAAUUAGCAUUAUGAUCCAUUAUUUUCCAUCCAAAAUGCUGUAAUUCUCAUGCAGCAUGACAAAGGCCUUUAUUACUGGGUUUCAUUCUUAUAAGUAGUUGUCUUGGAUUUAGGUGGAAAUCAUAAACAUAUAGUUGGCUGAGUAUGUUAUACAGAGUUCUUCUAAGUCAAAAACAGUACUUGGAUAGUAUUUUGUUGCUGGAGUUAGAUUAGAUACCAUAAUUAGAAAUGAUACUGCAAGAAAGAUGUUUAUUAUUGUAUUCAUAAACUUGUUGAUGAUAACAAGAAGAGAUCCUCACUGUAAAAUAUUUGUUAAAGAGAUAUAAUUCUGGUGCUUUCCAAUGUCUUAAUUGUGUGCUGAUAUGGCCCAUUACCUCUGAAUUUCUUACAUUUUAAAUCAAUCCAACCAAUUGUGGUAAGGGAAAAAUAUUGAAAAAAUAUGAAAUCAUAUCCGUAUAGAAUUAAAACUGAAUCAAAGUUGGAUCAUUUUCAUAACUGCAAACUCUUUUGAGGUAUAAGUUACAUCUAUACAAUUAAGACUGAAAAAAAAUUGUGUAUUCAUUGAAUUCAUAUAUAUAUAUAUAUAAAGAUGGACUUUAAACAUGUGGAAUUUCAAAAUUUGUCUCUGUUUGAUGAAACCUUCUUGAGUUUGUGAAAAUGAUGAUGAUAUAUUACUUUCUUUUUUUAUAUACACAUAUGUGUAUAACUUUAUAUCUUAUGCAAAUUUGGGUGAAACUGUUUGUGCUUGGAUAUGUUAUUAUUUGUUUUACAUGGACAAAGUUGUAUAACCUAUUUUUUAACCAAAAAUAAAGUUUGGAAUUCAAAUGCA